AUGUUGCCAGAGUUUUCGAUUUAAGCAGUUAAAUUAUAAGCUAAUACUAGGUAACCUAAACCGGUUAAGGUAAUUCAUUAAAUUAAUUCAUUAGUAUGUUCCACCUAAGCCUAAAAGUCCAGCAUAAAAAAGAAGCUGUAUAUAUUUAAGGAAAUAAGUUUAGCAUCCUAACAAAAACCUAUAAUAAAAGCAAAAACAUCAACAGAGAGAAUUUCUAGAAAAGUUUCAGAAGAUUUCUAAGAAGCCUAAUAAUAGUAGAUUGUUGCAAUAGAAGCUCCUUAAUAAAAAAUAAUUAUGAAUAUGGAUGAAAGAUAUCAAUAUUAUGAGAAUGAAGCCAAAAAGCGAUAAAAUGUGAUAGAUGUUUGUGAUGGUGUAUAGUUUUAUAAGCCUGUAAAACCAGAAGAAAUGCCCAAACCUCCUAAACCAAAAAAAUAGACAUCUAAAAUAGAAAAUGUGAAAUAAGUUUCAAGAACUGAGAAAUCAGAAAAAUAAUCAGUUUCUUCUGAUUUAUAACACUCUUUACAUUAAUCAAAAUCUCUAUAUAAUCAAACUUCUUCAAGAGAAUAGCAAUAAUCUACAUCUACAUUAGUAGAAGAAUAUUAAACAUAAUAAAUAGUUGUGGAUCCUAAUUUUUUAGUUUAAGGAGAAGUAGAUGGUUAUUAAAUUGAUGAAAGUUAAUCAUAAAUGUUUGGAUUUGGAUUGACUGAUUAUAUUAAAAAUAAUGUAAGGAUGUUAAUUAANUUAUUAAAAGUGA